CGGCAUAAGAUCUUCCAGACCAUUCAGGAAAUCCCAGGACUCAUUCAAGACCAAGCCGGUCUACAAGCAUUCCAAUACCCGCCACCAACCAUAGAGCCGAUCCCGUUUCUUGCACCGCCUAAGGUGGAUGGGUUAGGGUGCGAGCAGUGUCAGUACGUCAGCCGACAGACACAGCGAAUACAAGCGCACUGCCGCAACGAGCACGGAUGGGAGAACGAUUGGAAGAGGGGCGGCAAUGUGGCUAGCCGGGCCAAGCAGGGGCGAAGGGUGCCAUGGAGAACGGGCGCCGAACGAUUAGAGGCCAACAAGCGGGAGAUGAUACGGGUCGCCAACGAUAAGACGGAGCCGAACGGAUGGGUUACGCGGGUCGGUUGGGCCGCCCACUUGUCCGGGCGGGACCCCGACCGACUGCGCAAGUCGGCCGGGGCGGUCCGAGAGGACGAAGCCGUGCUGCAAGGGAUGUGCGACAUUCUCGACUGCGUCUUAGACCAGGCGCGGGCCACAUCAGUGCCCAUGAAGGACGACACGUGGGCGCGGUACAAGGACGUGUGGCGGAAGAUGGUGUGCAUCUGGCAGCGAACGCAACAGUGGGAGGACAGCGACCGACCGCCGUUCCGGCUGACGGUGCGGCAAGGCGAGCUAUACGACGCGUUCGAAGAAGCCGUCGAGGCAGCCGUGAAAGACACGGAGGGGACGGGGAAGGUCGAACGACUAUGCUUGGAUAUGCUGGUGGGGUUCUUGGACCAUCAGCUCAAGCGAGGCGACUAUGACAACGUCGUACUCAGCGCAUUGGCUGUGCUAGGGAUCCGGGAAGACAACGGGCGGAUCGAUGCGAUCGACUACACGCCCAUCUACUCGGCCGUCGUCAAGUGUGCGCGGAUGCUCGUGGUAUAUCAGUCAUAUCUGGAGUCCGAAGAGGAGAUUGCCGGGCUGAUGGCACGGCUACGGGCACAGCCCGUUACACUUAGCUGCAAUAGAAGAAUUAAAUUCUAUAUCGCGACAGCAACCACCUUACCACCUUCUACAUAA